AUGGCCUCAAAAAGACGGUCCUAUAAUGACGCCAUUGAUGCGCUCAACUCACUUCAAACACCUUUUGAUGUCGUUGAGGCUCGUCGGAAGGCGGGGAUAAGGCCUGAUGCUGUGUCUAUCAAGGAAAUGCGGACAUAUCUUGAUCGCAUUGGAUAUACCCCAUCUGAUCUCAAUCGCCUAAACAUUGUACAUGUAGCCGGCACAAAAGGAAAAGGUAGCACCUGUGCCUUUGUCGACUCUAUCCUCUCUCAGUAUCAGCACACAAGGGGCACACCCCGGAAGACAGGCUUUUUCACAUCGCCUCAUCUCAUCGCUGUUCGUGAGCGGAUUCGCAUCAACUCAACGCCUAUUUCAGAAGACCUAUUCGCAAAGUACUUCUUCGAAGUGUGGGACCGUCUUGAAUCGGCACCGAAAGAUGACGCAAAGAAACUCAUGGCUCCUCGACCUAUUUAUGCGCGAUAUCUGACUCUAAUGAGUUGGCACGUCUUUCUUCAAGAAGGCAUAGAUGUUGCUAUAUAUGAGACUGGUAUUGGUGGUGAAUUUGAUGCUACGAAUGUCGUGGAGAAGCCUAUAGCAUCUGGCAUUAGUACACUGGGCAUUGAUCAUGUCUUUGCUCUCGGUGAUACAGUGGCCAAGAUUGCAUGGCACAAGGCGGGUAUCAUGAAGUCUGGAAGCGCGGCUUUUACAAUCGAACAGGUGCCAGAUGCAGAAGAAGUUCUGAGGAAACGGGCCUCGGAAAAGAACGUGGAUUUGGAAGUCCUACCAGUUGACCCCCGACUUAGCAGUGUUCAGAUUCGACCAGAUGCAACAUUUCAGAAGCGCAAUGCUACAUUGGCUAUCGCACUCGCCGAAACAGCACUGGAGAAAGUUGGCAUCUCUCUACCACCUCGGACGGAUACUUUGCCCAAGGAGUUUGUAGACGGGCUUGAAAAGGUUGUAUGGAGAGGUCGGUGUGAGGUCAAGAAGGAAGACAAGGUGACAUGGCACGUGGAUGGCGCCCAUACUUCUGAUAGUCUCAAGAUGUCGUCCAAGUGGUUCAAGGACGAAACUUCUGGACGCAAUGGAAUGCGCGUCAUGAUCUUCAACCAACAAGGCCGCUCCGAAGCUGUCGACUUUCUCGAGUCCGUCUUCAAGGCGACCAGACGAGAAGGACAGCCAGCAUUUGACCAUGUCAUCUUCUGCACAAACGUCACCUAUGCAGCAUCCGGCUACAAGCGUGACUUUAUCAACCGUCAAUUCGACCCUGCUGAGAUUGAUAAGAUGACUGUUCAGCAACGGUUUGCGGAUAAGUGGAUGUCUCUUGAUCCCACAGCCACGGUAAAAGUCAUGCCAACAAUCGAGCAAUCUAUUAACUACGUCCGAAAUCUUGGAGAGGGUCUCACAGAGUGGGAGGCAGUUCAGGCAUUUAUCACGGGAAGCUUGCAUCUUGUUGGUGGUGCCUUGGGCAUACUGGAAGAGGCCGAUGCUCUGUGA